CCGUAUUCACUGAGAAAUCACAACAUGGCUGCCUCCUCUGUUGCAGCAAGUGAGCUGCUUCAUAAUAUGAGUAAACAGAUAUUAAUAUUAUAUCCAAAGACUUCGCGUGUAUUAAUCAGACGGAUAAGCACAUCAAGCUCGCGAUGCGACAGGCAACCGAAGCUAAAAGCGAAAAGUGCUGCCCAGCAACUGGUUGGAGUGGUGGGUUUGGAGGUCCAUGCCCAGAUUAACUCAAACACCAAGCUGUUUUCCGGCUCACCAGCUCGCUUCUCGGCACCUCCGAACUCCCUGGUGUCACACUUUGAUGCAUCUUUACCAGGCACAUUACCCGUCCUGAAUAAACGAUGUGUCGAAGCAGCAGUGAUGACAGGACUGGCUUUGGACUGCACGAUAAACAAGAAGUCACUGUUUGACAGGAAACACUAUUUCUACGCUGACCUCCCUGCUGGAUACCAAAUCACCCAGCAACGGCGGCCCAUCGCAGUAGAUGGCACGCUGACUUACAGUCUCCUUGGAGGUAAAAAGAGGAGCCAGGUGAUGAGGAAAACUGUCAGCAUUAAACAGAUCCAGCUGGAGCAGGACAGCGGCAAGAGUCUCCAUGAUGACCUCCGCAGCCAGACACUCAUAGACCUCAACAGAGCAGGUGUAGGUCUAAUGGAGCUGGUGAUGGAGCCAGACAUGAGCUGUGGAGAGGAGGCUGCUGCAGCUGUCAGGGAGCUUCAGCUCAUCCUGCAAGCCCUGGGCACCUGUCAAGGCAACAUGUCUGAGGGCCAGCUUAGAGUAGACGCCAAUGUGUCCGUCCACAAACCGGGUGAGCCCCUGGGCAUCAGGACAGAGGUGAAGAACAUCAACAGCAUCCGGUACCUGGCCAGGGCUAUAGACUAUGAGAUCCAGAGACAGAUCGAAGUCCUGCAGAGAGGGGGGACGGUGCAGAACGAGACCCGGGCGUAUGAUUCCAAAUCAGGGGAGACCAUUCCUAUGAGGGACAAAGAGGGUCUUCAGGACUACAGGUUUAUGCCAGAGCCCAACCUGCCCCCUGUGAUUGUGUAUGAGGAUAACGCAUCGCUGCCCACUGGCAUUGAUGCGUGCCAGGCGGUGGUGGUGCAGAAGAUAAAGGAAGGGCUGCCGGAGCUGCCCAGUGUCAAAAGAGACAGGCUGGUGCAAACGUACGGCAUCCUGCCCGAGCACAGCUUCACUCUGGUGAAUGAGGACGGGCUGAUGGAGUACUUUGAGGCGGUGUUGAAGGCGACCAAGAAGGAGCCGAGAAAGGUGAUUGGCUGGGUGACAAACGAGCUGGUGGGUCACCUCAAACAGCAAGACAUGAGUGUGAGCCAGAGACUAAAAGGAAAUAAUGGAGGUAGCUACCAUGGUGUCACCCACUGGUUUGUGGACUCUCGUUUUGGAGCCUCAAGUUUGGCAUUUUGGCCAUUGUCAUCUAAUUUUUUUGGAGCCAGAAGUGACCAUAUUUGGGUGGAGGAGCGAGGGGUGGAUCUGACGAAGAAGAAGCCGAGGUCACUAUCGCAGACAGCCUGUCACUCAAAGCAGCCUGUCCUUAACCCGAUCUCUCCUUCUGCCCUGGCUGAGCUGCUGGAACUCCAGGAAACAGGACACAUCUCCUCUACGGUUGCCAAGCAGGUGUUCCAGGAGAUGUGGAGGUCAUCGGGCAAGACGGCGCCACAGAUAAUCCAGGAGAAGGACUUGGGCCUUGUUAGUGACACCGCACAGCUGCAGAGCAUCUGCCAGAAGGUGGUGGACUCGCACCCUGAUGAGGUUCACGCCAUCAGAAAUGGAAACAAGAAAGUUCUGAACAAGCUCAUGGGCCUCGUUCAGAAGGAGACCAAAGGCAGAGCUGACCCAGUUCUGGUGAGGGCAAUUUUAGAAGAGAAGACCUCAUGAGGGCCGGACUGAUCUGCAAGACUCAGCCACAGCAUGAAACUGGUGACAGUCAAGUUGAAAAUUAAGCUACCAUCCUUAAUUUCAGCAUUUUUGUAAAUACUGAACAUUCAUUAUCUUCUGUAUUUAUGUGUUUAAAAUAAAGCUUUUCAGAUUAA